AUGGACUUGCAAGUUUAGAAACUAUAGUAAGAAAUCACUGAGUAAUAUAACUAAGAGUAUUUUAUAGUUUAAAAGAAUAUGAAUAGAUGCUUGAAGAUUAAAUAAAGGAACAUGAAGAAACUAUAGAUAAAUAAAAGUUAGAUAUAAAUAAAAAAGAGACUGAGAUCAAGAAUCUCAAAAAAUAAUUAUAAGAAGCAAUUAAAAAAGCAGAUGUUAUAGUAUAUAAAUUAAAUGAUCAUUAAAGAAUAAUUCUGAUGAUAUCAGUGGAGCAAAGAUUAUAUAAUUGGAAGUAGAAAUACAUGAUCUCAAUUAACAAUUGCAAGAAUCCUCUUAAAAAAUUAAAGCACUUACUCAAUAACUUAGGUAAUCGUUUCUAAUCAAAUUAGUGCUAAAAUUGAAGAGAAUGAAAUGGAAAUUGAAAUUCUAAAAGAUGAUCAUGUAAAAUAAUUGAAUGAUAAACAAACUGAAAUUGCAGCAUUAUAAUAGAUUAUAGAUGAAUUGAAAAAGAUGUAAAACAAUGGAGAUUCAAAAUAAUCUUAAGAAAUUGUUCCAAUUAAAUAAAAGUAAGUAAUUCUAUGAAAUUAGUGAUUAAGAGGAAUUAUUAUAACAAAUUGAAUAUUUAACAAAUUAAAUUGAAUAAUAUGGAAAGUAGUUAGAAAUUAAAGAUAAAUAAAUUGAAUAGUUAUAAUUAAAUCAAGGGAAAUAAGGAAGUAUAGAAGAAGUUGGUAAAAGAACAUAAGAAGAGGAUUAAAAUUUGGAAGAGAAGAUUGCCUAAUUAGAAGAGACAAUAUUGUAAUAUUAAGAAGAGAAUUCUUAAUUUGUUAUAAAAGAAGAAGAAAAUCAAAAAGAAAAACAAUUAUUGAAAUAAUAGUUGGAAUCAUUAGAAAAACAAAUUUAAGAAAUACAGCAAUAGGAACAAGAUGCUAGUGUAGUAUAAUAAUUGGAAGAUCUGAAAUUGGAAUAUGAAGAAUUAGUUGAGGAAUAUACAUCUACUAAUGAAAAAUUAUAAUAAUCUGAAUUGGAAUGCUAAUAAUUAACUGAUAAAUGUUCAGAGUAUUUAUCAGUUAAAGAAUAAUUGUAGGAUUAAAUAACUUAAUUUGAAAAUACAUUAUAACAUUAUAAUGAAGUAUUAGAAGAAAAUAAUGAAUUGAAAUAAUUGAUGAAUAAAGCAUAAGAAUAAAUUAAUAAUCUAUAAAGUAAUAAUGAAUAUCAAACACUUUAUCUUUAAUUGAGAGAUGAGUAUGAAGAAUUUAAGGAGUAACUACAAAUCAAUAUCAAAGAUAAAGAUUAAUAGUUAUAUUAGGCAGUUUAAUUUUGUUAAGAAUUAGAACCUUUUAAAGAAUAAGCACAUAUGUUAGAAGAAAAUAACAAACUUUUAUCUAAUUAAUUAUAAACUCAAUUAGAAAAUAAUUAAAUUUAUUAAUAGAAAAUUGAAUAAUUAGAAAAUUAAUUAAAUAUUCUAAAAAAUUAAAAUUAAGAUAUUAAUGAUCUAUUAUAAAAGUUGGAUUAAUUAAAAUAAGACAAUGAAAAUCUAAAGACAUAAAAUUAUGAUUAUACUGAAACAAUUAAGAAUUAUGAAAUCUAAAUGGAUGCACUUAAAUAAAUUGAGUGUGAUUCACCCAAGAAAAUUUCAAAAUUAUAAUAAGAAAAUUCAGAAACAACUGCAGAAUAUAUUAAAUUAAAAGAAAAUACUUAAAGAGAAAUACAUUUAUUAAAAUAAGAAAGAAGUAAUUUAUAAAAUGAAAUUAAUGAAAUUAAAUCAUUAUUAGAUACUUAUAUUAAUAAUGGAGAAACAUUUGAAUCUCAAAAACAAUAUAUUAUUGAUUAUUGGAAUAAACUCUAAUCUAUUCAAGAUGAAUAAAACAAUCUUGUUGAAAAGUUUCAAUUAGAAAUAUAAGAAUUAAAUGAAAAUAUUGGUUAAAUUUAAUCUUAGUAAAAUUUAAGUACAGAUCAUCAUCAUUAAUUAAAUUAAGAAUUUUAAAUUAAUAAUAAUGAUAAAAAUGAGAAUUUAAAUUAAUCAUUAGAAUAAUUAGAAACUAAUAAUUAAAUAAACUAAAAUAAUUUUCAUCUUGAUGUUAAAAAAAUACAACAAAUAGAUUAUGUAGAUAAUUCUACUUAAACAGAAGAAAUUAUAGAAAAGAAGAUUGAAAAAUAAGACUAAAUUUAGUUACAUCAACCAUAUUCAAUAUAAUAAAAAGUAUUUUAAUCAUAAUUAAUUUAAACUGAUGAUCUAAUUAUAUCUCUUCAAGAAAUGAAUGUUAGACAAUUUAAUAAUUAAAUAAGUUAGACUGAUGAAUAAGAAAUAAAAUAAAUUGAAAACAUUGGUUAAUAUAAUCAUGAGUAAAAUGAUUAAAUUAAUGAUCUUAAUAUUCAAAGUAUCUAAAAAUAAUCAGAAAAUGAUUAAAUUAUUAUACAAUAAUUGAUGUAACCAUCUGAAAAUUUAGAAGAAUAAUCUAAUUAGUUCUAAGAUUUGAAUUAAAUGGAUUAAUUAAAGUAUUUUUUUAUUAUCAUAAAAUUUUAGAAAAAAAGUUGAAGAUAUGGAUAAUUUAAGAAAAUCAUUAGAGAAAGAAAUUUAUAAUCUAAAAGAUAAGAAUAAGAAAUUAGAAGACAAAUUAUAAAAUAGUUAAAAACCAACAACACCUAGAAGAUAAUCAGAUGCAAAAGAUGAUAGAAAAAAAUUGUAGGAUAAUGAAUUAAUCUAAAGAUUAUAAAAAUAAAUAAAAGAACUUUAAGAAGAAAUUCAAUCUCUUAAUGUUCAUUAAUUAAAUGAAUAAAUAGAAUAAUAAUCUAAUGAAAUAGAAUAAUUAUAAUAAGAUAUUUAAUAAUAUAAAGAAUAACUAAUUAAAUAAAGAUAAUAAACUAUCAAAUUGAAGAAUUAAUUAGAUACAAUUUAUAAUUUAGGUCCAUAAGCAUUAUCAACGUUACAAAGUGAACCAAAAAGAGAAUUUUAAUCAUCUAUCUAAACAAUUUAAUAAGAAAAAUAUUAAAUUUCAUCUUUUUUGUAUAUCAAAUCAUAAAAGUCUUAUUAAUGUUAAUUUAUUGAAAUAAUUAGGAAAUAAUUAAAAUUAUUUUAAUCAGUAAAAGGAAGGAUUGAAAAAGCUGUUUUUGAUACAUAUACUUUUGAUGAAAUAUUCUUUGAUACUUAAAAAAUUUAUAAAUUUUUAGAUUAAUCAAAAUUAAAGUUAUAAAAUGAAUUAACCAAAAUAUAUCUUAUAUUAGGUUAAUCUAAAACUCAUAAGAAAUUAAUUAUGAUUAUGUUAAUAGAAUAACUUUAUAAUUUAAUUUAAAAAUAAUAAUUGAACUAAAAAAUAAUAUUUUGUUAUUAAGAAAGAAUAGGUAAGUAAUGGAUAGAAAUUGAACAAUUUAAUACACAAACAUCUUCUAUUUAAGAUUUAGAUUAUACACUUUAAGCUAUUAAAGUGCAUUUAUUGACGAAAUAGAAAUCUCUUGGAGAGAAAAUUCGAAAAUUAUAAAUUACAUAUCAAUCGUAUAUUGAUAAUCAAUUAUAAAAUACAAGUACCUUUAUAAUAGCAACAUGUCCAUCAUUACCUUAAGGAGAUUUCAAGAAUGUUAUAUAAAAGAUAUUGAAUUGCUCAAUUAAUAGUAAUAUGUAAUUUAACAUAUUUAUAAAUAUUUCACCUGCUUUAUAAUAUUAUUAAAAAUCUGCUGAAAUAAUAUCAAUGGCUAAAACAAUCAAAUUAGCAAAGGGCCAAUUAGAUAUUGCUUUAUUGUCAGCAUGCAAAUCUCUUAGUGAAUAUAAUUUAAUUGAUGAAGAAUCUCAGAAAUAAUUGAGGAUCAUAAAUAAUAAGUUAAUACUUAAAUAGUAAGAAAUAGAUUAAGUUAAAAAAAAUCUUGAUUUUUAAAUAAAAUAAUAACAAGAGCUAUAAAUUAAAUUUGAUAACUAAUUAGUAUAUUAAAAUACAAUGGUUGUUUUAUUAAAUAACAUAAUACUAGAAAUAAAAUAAAAGAUAAAUAUGAAAAUGAAUUAAAAGAAGAAUAAGAAAUCUUAGAAUAUAACAUUCUUAGAUAAAUUGGCAUUUUAAUUAGAUUAAAUUAUUAGAAAAUAACAAAUAAGUUAAUCGAAUGUUGAAAAUGUAGAUAAAUUCGUUAAAAGUAAAGCUAGUGAAAUUGUAAAUCCGUUUUUAUGA